AGAGAGAGAGAGAGAGAGAGAGAAAGACACACCAAGGGGGGAGGGGUGUGUAGCUUGCUACUCUGGCCAGAAGGGGUGUGUGAGCUGGGUGUGCGGGUGACGAGGGAAGACCAGAUGGCGAUGGCUGGCCCGUGUAGUAAUGCAGUCGAGAUGUGCAAAGAGGACUCUGGAAGUGUCGGCAAGGCAGAAAGAAAAAAGGGAAGAUGCUGCGGUCGCUCAGUCACCCCUCCCCCCGGGUGGAUGGGAAUUAUGCAGGCUGUGUGUGUGUGUACUUGGGGUGGCAGUGUGCGAUGCGGAUGCGGUGCGGCAGCUCCAGCCCAGCCAGGAUGAUGCGUUGUGCUUCUUCUUCUUCUUCUUCGUCUUCUUCUCCAAGUCAGAAGACAGGGAACACGAUUCUUCGGAAAACGUGAACAGGGGAGGGGGGUGCAACGUCAGGCAGGCACAAGAGAUAGCAAGCCAAACCCCCGGCCAGGCUCAGAAGGGGGGGGGGGGGUGUGUGUGUGUGGACUGGAAGACUUGUGAAAGCGAGGCAGAACGGAGAGAGAGAGAGAGAGAGAGAGAGAGAGAGAGAGAGAGACGGAGAGGGAACAGAGACGGAAAGGGUGUGUGGGCAGCCACGUCGAUCCGCAGACGGUUUCCGAUUCUCGAUGCCCACCGCUUCGCAGAGAACGGCGUGUGGGCUGCGUAACGGAGGUGUCGAGUCCGUAAAAGCAGAAUCAGUCCUGCGUCAGAGUUUCCGUCGGUUCUGUUCACUCAAACGGGG